UACCCAUACCCCCCCACUCUAUCUUACUCUAAUUCACCGGCACUGCUAUGUCUUUAAAAACAUUUACUCGUGAAGAAGUCGGUCGCCAUGCAUCCGAAAAUGACCUCUGGAUCAUUAUUGACUCGAGCGUUUAUGAUAUGAGCCGAUUCAUCAAUUUUCAUCCAGGAGGCGCUGCUCCUAUUCUCGAAAUGGCCGGAAAAGACGCCACGGAAGAUUUCUACGGUCUUCACAGGCAAGAAGUCUUGGUUAAAUACUCAAAGUACAAGAUUGGUACCAUUGCGAAUGAGAAGGCCCAGAUUACCAUUCGCCAGAACGGUGACUUCUCCAAAGUACCUUAUGGAGAACCUAGUGCCUGGAUGGGAUUCAAAUCACCUUAUUACAAGGAGAGCCACUACAAGUUCCGUGCUGCAAUUCGCCCAAUUAUCGAUGAACUUGCUGAAGAAGCUCGCCACUUUGAAGACACGGAGACCAAACCAACAGAUGAAUUCAUGCAGAAGUUGGGAAGUUACAAUCUUUUGGCCGCAAAUGUGGGUCCCGGCCCGUGGCUGCGAAACAUUACUCUUCCCGGUGGUGUCACCGGCGAAGAAUUCGAUUACUUCCACGAAUUGAUUCUACACGAGGAAACAGCACGCUGGGGAACUCGUGGUGCUGGUGAUGGUAUCUUUGGUGGAAUGGUCAUCUCUAUCCCAACCGUCCUCAAUUUCGGAUCGCCUGCGCUCAAGGCAAAGAUUGUACCUGAAGUCUUUUCUGGAAAGAAACGAAUCUGUUUAGCUAUUACCGAACCAUAUGCUGGAUCUGAUGUUGCAAGCAUUCGUACAACUGCCAAAAAGACAGCUGAUGGAAAGCACUACAUUGUAAACGGCGUAAAGAAAUGGAUUACUGGUGGUAUGUAUUGUCAAUAUGCUGACUACUUCUCAACCGCUGUUCAGACCGAAAAUGGCAUGUCUAUGCUUUUGAUCGACCGUUCGGAUGAUGUCGAGACCAAAGCCAUCAAGACAUCUUACAGCAGCAGUGCCGGUACCUCUUAUAUUAUCUUUGAAAACGUAAAAGUCCCAGUUGAGAACUUGCUGGGUAAGGAGGACCGUGGUUUCAUGGUGGUUCUUUCCAACUUUAACCAUGAACGCUGGGUAAUGAUUACCAGUGUUUCUAUGGCUGCCCGUAUUGUGAUUGAAGAAUGCUUCAAGUGGGCUAACCAGAGAAAGGUCUUUGGAAAGAGACUUAUCGACCAACCUGUAAUCAGAAAUAAACUUGCUGUUAUGGUUGCUGAACUCGAGAGCUUUCAUAAUUGGGUUGAAAACAUCACUUAUCAAAUGUGUCACAUGGGAUACAAAGAGCAGUCCGAGAAGCUUGCUGGUCCUUUAGCUUUGUGCAAGUACCAGUCCACUCGCAUGCUUCACAAUGUAUCUGACUCUGCUUGUCAGAUCUUUGGUGGACGAGCACUUACAAAGACUGGAAUGGGAAAACAUAUUGAGAUGCUUCAAAGAACAUACAAGUUCUCGGCUAUUUUGGGUGGUGCAGAAGAAAUCAUGGCCGACCUUGGAGUUCGCCAAGCCAUGAAGAGCUUCCCUGCCGGUGCUAGACUCUAAAAAGAAAAGAAACUAGAAAAGAAAAGAAAAGAAAAAUCAAAAGGCUUUGCUUAAAGUUCUAACUCAAUUUUUAUACUAUGAGGGCACCAAAAAAAAUAUUACAUGGAUCAUCACGGUUCCGAUACCUUUUUAUUAUAUUUGGUUUAAUCUAAAAACUAAACCGAUCUAAUAUAAUUUAAUUGUAAUAUAACAUAACAUAACGUAAGGAAGUACGGUGAUAAUUGUUGAUGACUGUAUUCAUAAAAUUAUACCAUUUAUCUAUCUCUACCUCUUAAAACAAAAACUCGUACUUUUCUUGUGAUUUUAAUUUUAUUAGUAACUAAAGUGAUUAAGAGCAACCCGAUAUAUAUAGUAAUGUAAAGACACACACAGCUACAUACAGAAGAAGCAUCUGUAUAGCAAAAAAGUUAUUUGGGUAAAUAGUUUAUAACCUUCUCAAACACAAAAUAAUAAUAAAAAUAAUAAUCGGCUGCACACAAUCUCUUUUAAUUUUGACUUAAACUUUUUUUU